AUGCCCGCCUCGCGGAUCGACGUCGUGCCAUCCUUCUGGACCUGGCCCGGAGCCGUACAAAUGCAGCAAGACCGCUGGCAGCACACCCGCCUCCCCUCGCGCCCUCCCGACAUUGGAACCCAGAACGCCGUCGCGUUCUCGGUUUCGAUGUCACUCCCGACUCUCCUUGACCCCAGGAAACGAACGAUAACGGCGUCGCGCAAAUGGGCGCCGCCGUUCUCGUUUUAUUUCCCCAUCCCGGCCCCGGAUCGCCCCGAAACAACCCGGGAUCAACAUCCCCCGUCCCCUCAACCCUUCGAGAAGCGUGUCCGGCCGCCGCACCCUGUCCCGACCGCUGGUGCCGCCGCCGUCGCCGCUGUCACCCUCCCCGACGGACCCCCUCGCGGCGACAUCAAAUCGUGCCGCGCCGCUUGA